CCUCACAAGUUUCUUUGAACACUCCACGAGAGCUUCCAUCUCAUUUGUCACACCAUUUCAGUUCAGCACAAAUGAAUUCUGCUGAUUUGUCACAGAAGUUAAGCACCAGUAGUACGACAAAUAUCCCAUCUCUGAUGGAUCUUCCAUCCACAUUCUCAGUAGCAGUCGAACCGAUGGUGAACAUGAGCACAUCGAGCAGUAAACGACGACAAAUUCCUGCAUGGUUGCGUGAAGAACUUGGACGUAUUGAACGUGAAAAAGUGAAAAAACUGCAGAGAAGCUUGAACGAAUCGAGUGACUCAACUGGGAAGUUUGAUAAUGAUUCUCAAAGUGGAAAGGAAGAUGAAGAGCAGUUUGAAGAAGAUGCCGAUGAAAAGCCGUUGAAUGAUAAUGGUGGAGAUGCGGGAAGUAAGCAACGUUUUAAAGGUGGAGGAGAACAAGAUGAUGAUGGUGAUGAUGAUAAUGAAGUCGUUGAUAAAUCAAGAGGAAGAGCAUCAAAACUUCGUGGAAGAAGUCGAUUUGAAGUUGUCGAUGAUGAGUCGGAUGAAGAAAGAUCAUACGAAGAUAUGAAACCGAAUAAUAAUCGUUCAAGAACUGAGCAGUCGUUUAGACGAUCAGUUUCACCACCUCGUCCAUCGGCACCGUCACAUUCUACAUUACUGAAAGCUUCGAGAAUCAUCACAGAAAAAGGUGAUGUGAGUCUCGAGGAGAUUGUUGAUGAUCCGAAGAAGCUCGAAGAGUUUGUACGUCGGUUUCUUCGAACAAAGUCUCUUGUAAUAAAAGAAGAGAAAGUUGUUGUUGUAGGAGUGUCUUCCGAUGAUGAAGUGGAAGAAGAAGAAGAAAAAUCAGAUGAUCAUACCAAAGAUGAACAACAAAAGGGAACAAGAAAUGAUGUCUACCAAGAAGAGAGUAAAAGUAACAUCAGCGGUGAUGAUAAACGCUCGAAUUCGCCAUCUGUUUCUUCUCAAACAAUGUCAGAUCAGAGAACUCCUAAGUCAUUGCCGACUGCGUCAUCUGAACCAAAGUCGACAAAGUUUGAUUCUCCUAAAACGGAUAGGUCGUCAAUGGGUAGAAAAUCGAAGAAACGCUCUAAACAUUCGUCGAGAUCUUCUUCGUCAUCUGAGUCGUCGAAUACAUCAUCCACACGACAUAAAAAGAGGAAAAAGCGUAAGAGUAAGCAUUCUGUAACACCACAGAAGAAGCACAAACAUCAUUCGCCAAGUCCAAAACGAAAGUCCCACGAGGCGAAGUGGAUCGAGAAGACUCCUAAAGAAGGAAAAAGUGAUAAAGAUCGUUCACACCGACCAGCAACGCGAGAUGAAAAAGAUUCUUCUAGACGUGGGAGUGAUUAUCAUUCUCGUGUAUCAGGUUCUUCCAGUAGAAGAAAGUGA